CGGCGGGGCGGGGACCGGGCCAGCCCGACAGCGGCAGCGGUGUCAGAAUCCUCCCGGGGCGGCCCCGUCGGCGCCAGCUGCGCGCUAUUUAACCCUAAGCGCCCAGACCGCGCCCGGCCCGGAGCCUCGGCGGGCUUAAAGGAGACGGCGCUCCGCGAAAGCCGCCUGGCGCUCGCUUUCCCCCCCGGAGGGGAUGCGCGCAGGGCGAGCCGGGCAGCCUCGCCUGGCCGGAGCUGCGGGGAGGGCUGCUAAGGAGGCGGAGGCGCCCUCGCGCUCCAGGCGGGGAGGGCGCCGCCGGGCUCCGGCCAUGCGCGCCCCGGACGGCCGGGGCUGCUCGGAGCAGCGCUCCGCUCGGUGGCGUCCUCUGUGUUGAGCAGCCCGCCCGCCGCCGCCUCCUCCGCCUCCGCCAUGGCCCGAGAGGAGUGCAAGGCACUGCUGGACGCGCUCAGCAAAGUCACCGCCUGCUACCGGCACCUGGUGCUGACCGUCGGGGGCGCGGCGGACUCGCAGGAGUUGCGCGAAGAGUUGCGGAAGAGCCGGCGGAAGGCGCAGGAGCUGGCCGGCGUGACCCGCGCCAAGCUGACGGCCGCCCUGCGGGACAAGGCGCUGGCCAAGGAGGAGCGGGCCGACUUCGAGCGCCUCUGGGUCAUCUUCGCCGCCUGCCUGGAGAUCCUGGAGAGCGACAUGCGGCGCGCCCUGGAGCUGGGCCAGGCCUUCCCGCUCCGCGUGCCCAAGAAGCCGCUCAUCCGGACCGGCCUGAGCGGCGGCACCUCCGCCCUGGCCGCCCGGGCCAUGAGCGUGCAGAACAUGAAGUACGAAGCCGAGCCCGACAUCGAUGUGGCGGACCUGACCGACCUGGAGCAGGAGAUCCACCAGGUGGGCGAGAUGAUCUACGAGAUGGAGAUGAAGGUCAACGUGCCCCGCUGGACGGUCGAGGCCAAGCAAGACCCCGGCGCCGAGCUGAACUCCACCGUGAGCGGGGGCGCCUCUUCCCUGGGCGCCACCUCGGGGGCCGAGAGCAAAACCCUCUGCGAUCCCAGCAGAGUCCUGGCCGGGAUCAUUUUCACCGCCGUCCUCCUCAUGGCCAUCGCCCUGGCCGUCUGCGUGGCCAAGCUCUCCUAAGGCUGGGCGCUUCCUUG